AUGUCAUCCAGUCUGCCUCGAUUCAUUUCCGAAAAGGAAAUAGCCGAGCGAAAGCUGAGGGAUGCUGCCGAGGGCAAGAAAGAGGAGCCUUAUGAUCCUCGACCUCUUUACGACCGUCUACAAGCUGAGCGUGCUCGUCAGCAGGAGGAGUACGAGGCAUCCACUGCAUUCAAGAACCAAAUUCACCGGUUGGAUGCAGAUGAAGCUGCAUUUUUGGCGAAGAUUGAUCGUGAAAAAUGCCUUAUGCAAGAGUCUGUCGAUCAGGAAGCUGAGCAGCUGAUUCAGGAAGCUAAAAUAUCCUUUUAG